GAUAUAUAUAGCUACACAUUCAUUUUAUUUUAAAACGAAAGACGUCUUGGCCUGCUCACGAACCUCUCCCUAUUACAUCCUGAGCCAAUCGCAGAGAUUUAAUUUAACCAGACCAAGAGGGGUUCUUCUUCCAAUUUCUACUUGUAUCCCAAAUAUACCGUUGUUUUAUCGGCACUAGAGAUAAUUUGCCACACACUUUGCUUUUCUAAUUUUGAUUUUUGUUUACUUUUAAUACAAUUUGAAGUAAAAAUAAAUAUAUCAUUUCGAGACGGCCAUUUAUUUAUUUCGCUUUUUCAAAUUUUACUGUGUUAACCCAACCAUUUUAAGUAAGAAUGAAUUAAGAAUACCGACAACAAUCUCUCAACAUCAGGGAGAUAUAUUGUCAAGUUUAAAACACGUAAUACGGCCAUAUUGGUGUUGGGGAGUAUUAAUUAAUUGAUGACUUUUUUGUUUGUUUUUUCAGUAAAAAGCAACGAUACAGUCGCCAAUUUUUAUUUGUGCUGGUCCUUCCUUUCGUCACGUGCUAUAACCGUUGAGUACGUGCAACAUUGACACUCAGUUUUGUUCUUUUUGUUUUUGGAUGAAGUGAAAUCACGUAGAGUCCAAUAAUUAGAUGAUGAAUAGAGAAGUACUAUUUGGAGUAUUAAUAAAAGUGAAGGCCCGCUGUGGAUGCUCUAAUAAUUAAUAAGGAAGAUAAGUUCAUUAAGUAGCUAUCUAUGAACUCCAUUAACUUGCUACUAAUUAUAGAGCGUCAACAUAUGGUUAAUUAUGGCCAGUUCAGAACAUCCUGUUCUUGUUUCAGAGAACAUCGAAGGAAGCAUGAAGCUGCCAGCUGAUGAUGAUUAUUUACUUGGGAACUUACCGGUUGAGAUUGUGCAACUCAUACUUUCAUCUCUCUCCAUGAAGGAAGCUGUGAAAACUUGCCUGCUUUCCACUACUUGGAGCUCCCUCUGGAAACCGCUCUCCGUCAACUUGGAAUCAUCCGACGACGACGACGUCGGCGACAAGAUGAAACGAGUCAUUUCUGAAUUCCUAGACCAUCAUCCUGCUGAUGCUGCAUCGAUGAAGCUGAAAAUUUAUGUUGUGGGCCAUACUAAUAAGAUGGUUGUGGUGGUGGCGGCUACCAAGGGCUUCAAUAGUGAUCAGCUUCAUCUUGACUUCUCCCGAGAAGACGGCGGCAGCGAUACAAGUUCCGGUGCGGCGGCGGCAUUCAUCAUUGAGUGUCUUCCCAGAAACCAAAAAUCCCCGGCGGAAAUAACGACGGAACCAGCUUAUGUUUGUAAUUUCCAUUCCCUCAAGACACUUCACCUGCGGUCCAUCAGCGCAGGCCUGGCUGAGGAUUUCGUUUCAUCUUUUUUACCUUGUUGUCCUUGUCUCCAAAGCUUGAAGCUUGAAAAGUGCGGCAAUUUACGACGAAUUCAGAUUGUGUUCGGUGGCGAAAGUAGCCGUCUCGAAGCUCUUGAGUUUUCUGAUUGUUCAAACGCUGAAAGUAUGGUUAUCUCUGCUCCUAAUCUCAAAACCUUGUACUAUUCCGGAGUUCUUCCGACAAGGGUUCAGUUAAAAGGCACUCCUCACUUGAUUGAUGUCAAAUUUGACGUCGGAUCUUAUAACGUUGCCCAAACCGGACAGAAAUAUGACUGCGAGGAGCUCGUGGAACUUCUCGCCAAUCUGAAGGAAGCCGAAUCCCUCUCCAUAAGCGGUUGGAUCAUUGAGUGGAGUGCAGGCGUAAUAUUUGGACGCCUUGAAUUCAAGUUGAUGAAGCUGAAGAAGUUAUGGUGUACCUAUCCUGCUGCCAUGGACGCUCAAAAGCGCGAUUCGCUUGCUUGCUUCCUAAACGUCGCGCCACACUUAGAGAUGUUGAUCAUCAACAUGGACAAAAAGAGCAAGAGUAUGCCAGCCCAGAUGUUUGACGAGUACUGGCAGCAGCAGACACACUUGUGGAUGGACUACAACACAGUGAAAUCAGAUGCUUCAAAUCUCGUGCACCUUAAAGUUAUCAAGCUCAUGGGUUUCUCAUUAGUCAACUCGAACAACUCCAAACACGAUGACGAUGAUGGUCGUGAUGAGUUGUUGAUGUUGAUGGAUCUUUUGUUGCACAAGGCCUUCAACCUUAAGUCCAUGAUUGUUGAUGAUUCCUGCCUCGUCUCCAAGGAUUAGAGUUUUGGUGCCAGUAUGGGGCCAGUUGCUCAUUGCUCAACGUUUGGGCUAUCACUUAUAUUACAAAACUCGAUUGUCCACAAUGAUGUCCUCAAUAAAUUAGUUGCCGUUGUUGGGUUUCUCAAUCUGGGCUGAACUCUUGAGAUAGUGAUGGACUUUUGCUGAAUUAAGUGAAGAUGUACACACCAAUAUGGCCUAAUCUUGUCAUUUAUACUUAGCGGAGAGGUUAAAAAGAUUUUGGGAAAGACGUGAACAAAUUCUAACAUGGAUGUAUACCGCAUACAACAGUGAUUAUUACAGUACCUAUUGUGAGAAUUUAAUUAAAAAGUGAUUGUUUUCGGAGCGAGUGAAAAUUAGUUCAAGUGCGGUAUAUACUGCUUAGGUUCAUGGUUCUUGUAAGUUGUAACCCAAAAAAAAUGGAAGAACAGAUUUUUGUCAUUUAUCCUUGUAAAAAAUGGGAUCCAAGGAACGUGGGUGUAGGCCAAAUUUCUGCAAAUCUGACAAGUAGCUUGAUAUGACAAUCUUCAUAUCAACUGGUUGACAAAUUAGGAGGGAAUUUUUCACCUCAGAGAGGAAUGGGGUAGUUUGAUUCAUAUGGUAAAUGAGAUACACUGGUCUGUCCAAUUCUUGCUUGAUGUUAAAACCUAUAUUGUCACAUGCCAUGCCAUAAGGCUUCAGAACUUUCAGAUGCAACAACUUCCUGAUUGUGCAUCAUCCUGCUGGCUACUGGACAUUCCUACCAAGUAAAUCUGAAACAGAGGUUUCUAAUAAAACAGC